AUGUUGCCAAAGCUUGACGGCGAGCAGAUGAGUCGGUUGGCCGUUAGUGCCCACUACUUGGAGACGGCCUUCAUGAGCGAAGUGGAGGAUGCUGGAUUGAGCAAAGGGUCUACAAUUCAUGACCUCGAGAACCUCGAUAUGGAAAAACCUGGCUUGAUACGAUCCAAAGGGCUCAAUGUCAGAUGCCCCCACGACCACCAAAUGGGAGCUGCAUAUGUGGACUGUUUGUCGGGAGAAGAUCACGUGGGAGAAGCCACCCACUUUCUGAGCUAUUCGUGGAGUUACACCGUUGGUGACAUUGUGGAUACUCUCAGCGAUUUUUGCCAAGCGAAUGGCCUCAACCCAAAGAGGACUUAUAUUUGGAUCUGUUGUCUCUGUGUCAAUCAACACAGGGUGGCAGCAUCCAAAAUGUCAGGAAUGACUGCUUCCUCCCCAGUGGACUUCUUCACAAUCUUUGGACAAAGAGUCAAGAGGAUUGGGCAUCUCUUGGCAAUGAUGGCUCCAUGGGAUAGACCAACCUAUCUGACUCGCGUUUGGUGUAUCUUUGAGCUCUCAUAUGCCCACGAAAACAGCUGUCGAGUGACGGUUGUCAUGCCUCCAAAGGAGAAGGAACUUCUCGAGCUUGAAUUGUUUGGGGAUGACGGGCUGGACAAUAUUGAUGUGCUUUAUGAUGCCUUGGCAAAAACUCGAAUACAAGACGCCCAAGCCUCGUUUCAGUGUGAUUGUGUAGCCAUACUGGGGUGGAUCGAGACAAGCACAGGGUAUGCAUCACUCAAUCAUCGAGUGAAUCAAUUGCUGCGAAAUUGGGCCCGGCAAGUGAUUGGGGAUCUCGCCAAAAAGCACCUAUCUAAUCCAGAAUCAGAUCUGGCGACUGCUCGCGUCUGCAACCAGAUUGGUCUUAUCUUGGACCGAAACGGAGAAUUCGAUGCUGCCUUGGAAGUCCACAGAAGAGCACUGCGAAUUCGACUGGACCUCUUGGGACCUCAAAACGCAAGGACUGCAGAAACUUGGAACAGCAUUGGCCAGGCCCUGCACGGAAAGGGUGACAAUCAACAUGCCUUGUUGGAAUACCAAAAAGCGCUUGACAUUCGCGAAGAAGUGCUGGGGCCACAGCAUUUCGACGUGGCAAUCACCUAUAAUGGGCUAGGCCAAGUGCUUCUAAGUCAAGGCUUACUGGAACGGGCAUUGAUCUGCUUUCGAAAGGCGAUCCCCAUUUUCUUGCUAAAGCGACACACACACCAUCGAUUGAUCGCCACGUGCUAUCGCAACAUUGGGCUUGUAUUGCAGGGACAAGGGCAACUCGUAGAUGCCUUGGAACACUUUCAAAAGGCGCUUUCAUUCCGAGAAUUGUGCCUGGGGCCUACGCAUCCCGACACGGCGGCAUCCUACUGCGACAUUGCUGCUCUGAAGAAACUGAGGGGGGACACAAUUGGGGCCGUGACCGACUACAAGAAGGCUCUGCCGAUUCUGGAGGUUGUUCUGGGUCCAGAGCACCCAGCUACACAGGAGGUGUAUGAAGCAAUCCGAAGCGCGCAUGAAAGUGCUUAG